CCGAUGCGUGGUCAUAAAGUUGCAGAUUGGCUCAAUUUUGAUUUGGGUGGCUUAACAAAGUAUGUAAUUCACGUGUAUCCGCUGGUGGUAGAUGUUAGAUAAAUUGAUUUUCGUGGCCAUGAUUACAUCAAGAUAGUUUAUUUCCUAUUAACUGAAAAGUUCGUGAUUUUCACUUCGAUAAACAGUGCUACUUUCACUUAACAAAAUUUAUUUUUAGUUAUGCAAUGAUCAAAGUUGAAUGCUUCGGAUUAUAUUAUUGAGCAUUUCUCAAAAUCAUUAAGAUCUGAAUUGUAGAGAAAAAUGCCAAGUUCAAAUCCAAUAACAUGUUAAAUUUUAUUAGUUUAAAUUAAAUAUCGUACUUUUCCUUCCCGCAAAGAAAAAGAUAACCCGUUUUGUGGGACAAAAAAUAUUUCCGAAAUUGUAAAGGUUUUUCACUAAUGAGUAAAGUUUGAUUUCACCUAGUCGGCUACAAAGGGUUGUCAGCUAACAUUAAAUACAAGGAACUCGAAGUGUUAAGACUAAACAUCUCAAAGGAUACACGUGUAAGAUAUGGUGACUAUAAACAGCACUGUUUUGCUGAUAAUAUUGACUGUGUUCCAACGUCUACAAGGUGAGCCCCACCAGGGCGUCACACGUGCGGUACAAACAAAAUAUGGUUUCGUAAGAGGUAUUAUUCGAACCCUUUCAAAUCGUCAACUUCAGCCUGUAAAUGUCUUUCUGGGAGUUCCUUUCGCUAGUCCACCAAUAGGAUCAUUACGUUUCAUGCCUCCUGUGACCCUCACUAGAUGGAAAGGUAUCCGAAAGACUAAUAAACUAGCCCCUGUUUGCCCGCAAAUAUUCCCAGAUGUCCAGAAUGCAACUGAAGCUUUGCAAAGAAUGCCUGCUGGAAGACUAGCAUAUCUUCGAAGACUUUCUCCAUACCUGCAGAACUAUAGCGAAGACUGUCUUUAUUUGAAUAUCUAUGCUCCAGCAAAAACUGCCAGAGAACCUAUAAGGUUACCUGUGAUGGUCUAUAUACAUGGAGAAUCCUAUUUCUGGAACUCUGGGAAUCCUUACGACGGAAGUGUCUUGGCCAGCUAUGGUAACGUAGUUGUGGUUACCGUUAAUUUCAGAUUAGGAAUAUUAGGUUUCUUCCCGUCAACAGAGGGCUCUGCACGGGGAAACUAUGGCCUCAUGGACCAAGUUGCAGCUUUACAUUGGAUACAAGAAAACAUUGAUGGGUUUGGUGGAGAUCGUCAUAGUGUGACAAUAUUUGGUCAUGGCCAAGGAGCUGCUUGUGCUAAUAUCUUGAUGAUAACUCCCAUGGCGAAAGAUCUUUUUCACCGAGUCAUCCUACAGAGUGGAUCGGUUUUCAGCCCCUGGGCCAUCGCGAAAGAUUCACUCUUUUAUGCUCGUCAGGUAGCAGAAAAACUGGGUUGUCCCACCAACAUUGGUACCUCAACGAUUAACUGUCUUCGACAUCGUCCUCUUCAGAAAAUAUUAGACGCCUACAUACAGAUUCCUGAUUAUCUAACUACAUUUGGGCCAACAAUAGAUGGUAUAUCAUUACAACACGACCCAGAAUACCAAAUGGAAGAGAACAGUGACAUUAAUCGUCAGUACGACCUAUUGUUUGGAGUCACUAAGGCAGAAUACAUUUUUGGAUUUUCGGCGAGAGAAGAGAAAUUUGGGAUUGAUCUGGAGAGACGGAAUCGAAUUUUUCGUACAUUGGUGAGAAACCUGUAUAACUACCAUCAGCAAGAAAUUUAUUUAACUAUCAUGAACGAGUACACUGACUGGAGUCAGUUUGGUCAACAUCCUUCUGACUACUUACUCGAGAGAACAAAUGAUGCUUUAAGUGAUGCCCUGAUUGUGGCACCGCUUGUGAAACUAGGGAAUUUGCAAGCUGGUGUUCGGGAAAACACUUAUUUCUACGUUUUCAACCACCAGUCUGAAGAAGGUGAUUAUUCUUCUAAACUUGGCUGUGUCCAUGGGGAAGAACUUCCCUACAUUUUUGGUGCACCGUUGGUGGACUCUUUAGCAUAUUUUCAACCUAACUACACUCGGUCGGAGGAGGCUCUAUCUGAAGCUGUAAUCACCCACUGGACCAAUUUUGCUCGAUCUGGAAAUCCGAAUUCGACUGGCUACAGGAAUGGCAACGAGAAACUCGUGCCAAGGCUCAACCCUUUUGAAUGGCAAAGAUACGAUCCGCUAUAUCAGAAAUAUAUUACUAUAGGAAUAAAGCCUCGAGUAAGAGACCACUAUCACGCCCAUCAGUUAUCGUUUUGGUUAAAUCUUCUUCCCGAACUAAACAGAGCUGGCUCGGGGGAUAUUCAUUUCGAUCAUCACAGGCUUCGUGACUAUAAUAACCUGUACUCGUACGAUGGAAUCAUACGCAGUCAUCAGUCACCUUCCACUCAAGUUGUCACCACCGACUCCUUUACAAAGGAAGACAGUGUUGCCACGGAAACCAGUGAAAGUGUUGCAAUUUCAGAGAUGAAGUCGAGCGUGGAAGUGACUUCUCAAACUGCACCCCAGAGCGUCCUGAUUGCAACAACCUCAACCAAUAAAACUGAAUCUGAAACGGUUGUAUACCAAGAAGGAAUAUACUCCACAACACUCAGUGUGACCAUUGCCGUUGGGUGUUCACUUUUAAUCUUGAACGUUUUAAUCUGCGCUGGAGUUUAUUAUCAAAAGGACAAACCCAGGGAUUUCAAACUAGACAAAAGAAUUUAUGAGUCGCCGGAUUGUACGGAUGAUGAUCCACUGCCUAAAUUGAACCAGAUGAAAAUGGAUUUAAUGCGCGCAAAAGCCCACUCUUCCACCAUACCGUCCACUCAUCCCCAAGAGCUAUGCUUCCCACUAUCUCACACUUCGAUGGCCGUCAAUACUGUUCCCAAUUCUCUCGGACAACCGCUACCAGAGGGACAGCCACUCUUGGCACACAGCUUGCGAUGUUCAGCGGCUAGCCCGGAGAUGAAGGUGUGACUAUUUUCAGGAGCGCCCUGGUGAAACAACAGUGUAACAUUGACCAGAGAACAAAGUCCCAUAGUAAGAGAACAAAUUGAAAGCCAUCGUUUCGAGACUGCUGGUGCUUUCUACUUUGGCUGCUACGUAAAACAGUUUCAGUACGAACCUAUAGUUCGUUACCCUUUUGUUUAUCAUCUCAAUUCCUUACGUCUGUACUGUAUAUUAUUAUAGCUGUACGCUUCAUAAAAAAAGAAACUUAAAUACUUUACCUUUUAUUAUAACUGUGAUACAAUGAUUGUCAUUAAUUAUCCUGCGGAUCAAAUAUCGUAAUAUUGUACGCUAAGUGCACCUAUUAGGUGUUACAAAAUAAACGUAGUUGACAAAACCACUAAUAAAUAAAGUAUUAGAAUGUAAAAAAAAAAUGUUUGGGGGGGACAGCUAGUCCUAAAGCUCAAUGGAAGUUGAAAUAAAAGUCAAUCCACAUUCUCAUUCAAGCGUAAAAACCACAAUCAUGAUACAGCUUAGGAAGUUUCUAAAGUUCUUUGCUCGAAUAUCUUUGUUGUAAAAUGUCCCUUUUCGUUCUAGACUUUUAAUAAAACAGAUACUUUCUAUUCA